AUGACUGUAACAAGCCAUCGUCAAACUGAUUCUCCUUCAGAACAUUCACAUUCUCCUAUCAUCACCGAGUCGAAAACCCCACCCACCACUGCUCAACCUUUUGAUGACAACAAGGCCUCUAAAGAACAAUCCAUUAUUGAUCCAAGUAUCGUCACCAUGGAGCAAGAUCACAGUGCAGCAGCAUUGGAAGGGCAUGCAGGUGGUGGCUUUGAUCCUAACGGUCAUUAUCAAAAUGCAUAUAUGAGCAUAAGCAAAGUUACAAAUGGUGUUGUAAAUGCUCAAUCUCAACAACUUGAUAUUCCCGAUACCCAGGGUUCAUCUGCAGGCCCAAACACUCGUCGAAAUGCGAACCAAUCUGGACUUGGUGAUGGGGGUGUUCGUCGUCAGUUCCAACAACGCAAUGAUAAUGGUAGUAAGAGUCAUGAUAGCCUCCUGGAUCGUGCCAGAAGAGAUUCCCGUCGCUAUUUCCACUCAUCUGAGGAAGAUAGUGACGGCGGAAAGCUUGACCAAAUGCAACCUCAUGAGAUGAUACACCAGGCACAAGGAAAUACCAAUAACUUUGAUAGUCCUUCUGCGGGUCGGAAUGCUCGUCGUGCUGCCACUCGACGUUCAAAUAAACAGCCUAGUAGCAGGAAUGGUCGCCAUGGCCAGGAUCAGUCUCAGUCAAAUAUGGAUAGCGGCGAUGACUUCGACACAAUAGAUGAAAGCCGUCAAAACAAUGGAGCCGCUUCUCAACAGUUCCAGAGAGUAGCACUCACAUCGGGUCUUCCAGGGCCUCACUUCCCCAUUGUUCCCGUGGCGCCUGUUGUCAAGGGCCGAGUUGUCAAGCAAAGUUUGAGACGAGGUAAUCGCCCGUUCGCCAACGUCAGUGAUAAUGAAGAUGGUGCUCUUGAGACCUCCGACUGUCAGGAUAGUGACAUGGAUGAUGACGAGUUCUAUGAGCAGGAUAUGUAUCAAGAUGAAGGCUCUCAUUACAGCCCCGAAUACGAUAUGCCGAUGGCUGAGGAUGAGGAAUACGAUGAAGACCACGAUGGGUAUAUGUUUGUUUCCGAGCCUGGCUCCCGCUGCCUAAAUCGUAUCGAGAAGCACCGUGCUGGUGUUGCAUAUUCGUCAAAUGUACGACCAAUCACAAACACUACAGGAUCGAAUGGUGCCAGUCGGGCCCAUCCAGCCGUAGUCCGACGUAUUAAGGAAGACAGACCUGGUAUCUUUUUUAAUAGCUCGAGCGAAAAUUUGGCACCAUCGAGAUAUUCUGGAGCCGUUAUGCCAUGGGGUGUCAAUCAGCAGCCUGUAUUGGUUGACCAGGAGACAGUCUCGGAUGCCCAUCUCAAGAAGAGAGGCCUCAAGCGUCCUCCACCUGGAGGAAAGGUUGGCAAGAGAAGUUAUGGAGCCAAUGAUCCGGAAAACAUCGCAAUUGUCAACAUGAAAGAGAACCAGGGCAUGUCCUUUGCUGAAAUUGCUGAGCAUCUCAAUUCAGAGCGCGAGAAACAGGGGAAAAAGCCAGAUCUUAGUGUUUGCGGCGUCAACGGACGCUACAACCGCACCGCACCUAUUCUCUUCGCCACUCAGGGUCUGAAAUUCGUUCCAUUGAGUGAACGCAAGAAGGCUAAAGGUGCAGCAGCCCAUGGAAAGUCAACUAACAAAGCUGGUUGGACUGUUGAGGCCGAGAAUAAAUUGGUCGAUAUUGUCAAUCAGGUCGAUGCUGAGAAAUGGGGUAAUGUUGCACAUCUGUUAAACAUGGAGCUUUACAAUGGGCGAGCUGUAUAUGACGCUACGACUUGUGCUAGGCGUUAUGCUGCACUCUAA